AUGGCUCGCCUCAUCUUCCAUAUUAUUAUGGUUUUCAUAUUUUUCACCGAGCUUCACAGAUUUGCUGAAGCUCAAGGGAUCGGUGUGAGUUACCCCAGAAAUAUUGCAGACAACCUUCCAAAAGCAAAAGAUGUUGUAGCAUUAUGCAAGUCCCAUAACGUUCGGAGAAUUCGCCUUCAUGAUCCAAGGCAUGAUGUUCUACAAGCGCUGAAAAUUACAGGAAUAAAAGUCAUUCUUGGAGUUGGAAAUGAUGAUAUCAUGAGGCUAGCUACUGAUGCAAGAUUUGCUAGGACAUGGGUCUUAAUUAGAGAGGCUCAAAAGACUGUCAAUCUAUCGGUUCCCGUGUCCAGUGUGAUGCAUUCCUUGGUCAUGGCAACAACUUUUCCUCCUUCCUCAGCGUACUUCGAUGCUCCUGUCCUUCCAAUUGUCCUACCCAUUGUUCAAUCCCUACAAACCCAUAGAUAUCCCCUACUGGACUCUGCUUUGCUCAACACUGGUAAGGACGUUAUAGUGAAAGAUCUAGGAGAAGAAUAUACAAAUAUUUUUGAUGCCCAAGUGGAUGCAGCUUAUUCUGCACUUGAAAAGGCUGAUGCAUUAAAUGUCGAGAUUCUCAAUUAUAUGUGUUCCUCGGUCAUAUAA